AGUGGAUUUACGUUAGGGCGUGGUUAAAAUGGCUGCCAUGAGGACUGCAUAUAAUCUGCAAAGGACAGGGAGUUUAGCUCGAGCCCUUCGGAUAGCACCUCUACUAUCAACAACCAAUGGUGGCCUACAGACAAAGAGAUAUUCCUCAAAUAGUGGUUAUGAUGGCACCAGAAGAAACCUUAUGAUUAGCGAGAACACUAGAGUUAUCUGUCAGGGCUUCACGGGAAAUCAAGGUACCCUGCACUCUGAGCAGUCGAUUGAGUAUGGAACUAAUGUAGUGGGCGGGGUUACGCCUGGUAAAGGAGGACAAACAAAUCUUGGAAGACCUGUUUUUAAUACAGUGAAAGAGGCCAAAGAAGCGACAGGUUGCGACGCUUCCAUUAUAUUUGUACCACCUCCUGUAGCUGCUCGUGCCAUACUGGAUGCCAUUGAAGCAGAGAUUGGUUUAGUGGUUGUCAUUACGGAGGGAAUUCCCCAGCAAGACAUGGUCAAGGUCAAACACACUUUAAUUAGACAAAAUAAGACAAGAAUGGUCGGACCCAACUGUCCCGGAAUUAUCAGGCCUAGUCAUAAAAUAAAGAUGGGGAUUAUGCCUGGAUUUAUACACCAACCUGGUAGAGUUGGCAUAGUAUCAAGAUCAGGUACACUCACUUACGAAGCAGUCUGGCAGACUAGCAAUGUUGGAUUAGGGCAGUCUCUUUGUGUUGGCAUUGGUGGGGAUCCUUUCAAUGGAACCAACUUUGUUGAUUGUCUUGAUGUGUUUUUAAAAGACCCAGACACAGAUGCUAUUGUACUCAUUGGAGAGAUUGGUGGUUCAGCUGAAGAGAAUGCAGCAGAAUAUUUACAGGAACACAAUUCAGGACCCAAUGCUAAACCAGUAGCUGCCUUUAUAGCAGGACUGACAGCACCUCCUGGGAGAAGAAUGGGUCAUGCUGGUGCUAUCAUAUCUCAGGGUAAAGGCGGAGCUCAAGAAAAAAUAAAGAGUUUAGAAGCAGCUGGAGUGCAUAUCGCCAAAUCACCAGCACUUAUGGGAGAAACUAUUAGAAAGGCAAUGGCAGAAGCUGGUAAACUUUAGCUAGUUAACAUGUUAACAUAAGCAGCAAAAUAUCACGAGUCGUGGACAUAUAGAAAUAAUUAAUAUUCAUAACAUUAAUUGUUAUUAUUAAUUAAUUAAAAAUUGAUACUAUUAUGUUAGCGGUGGAUAAAA